AUGUGUAAGCGGUUUGAAGAUGAUUUAAAUGAAGAUAUAAAACUAUUAGUCGUGACCCUCAAGUUGAAAGAAUUUGUUGUAUUGGUUGAUCGGGCAUAUAAAGCUGAAGAGUUGAGCAAAGAGAAAAGACAAACUGAGACUGAAGCUAGAGAUUUAAGUAAGAGAUUGAUGGGAAAGUCAUACCAGUCAGCAUCAAAGAAAUUAAAGAAAUAUCAUGACCAUUCUAUUACUUCUACGGAUACUCUGGUAGAGACAGAGAAAUCUGAAAAAGAGAGUAUGCAAACUUUGAGACCGAGCAACACUGCUAUAAGAGGUAGACCAUCUUGUAAUCUUGGAAAUGUAAGUGGUAGCUGUGAUGUGAAAAAAGACUCUACUAUAAGGUCUGAUGCACAAACACCAGCUAGGGCUUAUGCUAUUCGUACACAUGAAGAUGCUUCUACACCAGACGUUAUUACUGGUACUUUCUCUCUUAUUGGUACUGAUGUAACUGCUUUAAUUAAUCUCGGAUCAACUCAUUCAUAUGUUUGCAUGAAAUUAGUGUCUAGUAAAAAUUUACCUGUUGAGUUGACUGAAUUCAUGGUUAAAGUAUCAAACCCUCUAGACCAGUUGUCUAUUGUGAUAUCAGCUAUGUCAGUACAGAAAUAUAUGAGAAAAGGUUGUAAUGCUUACCUUGCUUAUGUACUGGAUACUAAAGUAUCUGAGUCAAAGCUUGAAUUAAUGCCAGCAAUUUGUGAGUAUCCUGAUGUGUUUCCAAAGGAGUUACCUAGAUUACCACUGAUCAGAGAAGUAGAAUUUGCUAUAGAACUUGUACCGAGAACAACACCGAUAUUGAUAGCACCAUACAAAAUGGCUCCUACUGAUUUGAAAGUAUAG